UAAUGUCCUUGUGACACAGUCAAGAAAACAAGUUUUUUUUUUUAUCAAAAUUUUGGUUGAUUAAUUUAAUUGUUAUAAUUAUUUUUCGGGUUUGACGGAGUUACAAAAUACGAAACUGAUGUUUUAAUUAUGUAGUUUGUUAUAUAGGUGACACGGGAUUAAUGACGACGGUUUAGAUUUAAAUUAAAAACGCAGAUAUGGCAAGUUUGUUGGGACGAGUUUAUUAUGCAUUCAAAAAUUCACAUUGCAACAGGCAAUCUAUAGCCCAGAUUGGAAAUUAUGCAAUGUCUUUAGUAAAUAGUAAACAUUUUUAUUCAUCCGUACUCACACCUUACGAGAUUGUCGACGAAGAUCGAGAUCAACGAUUAAUUGGAAGGGUAAUAAAAAAUGUUAAUCAAAGUGGAAGUUCAGAAUCAAAUAAGUUUUUUGCUGUUGUUCACAUUGCUGGAAAACAAUUCAAAAUUACAGAAGGCGAUAUUAUUGUCAUCGAGGGAUAUUGGCCGCCAGACUGCGGUGAUAAAAUUUCCUUAGAUAAGAUAAUGGUGCUUGGGGCUGCAGAGUUUUCUUUAAUAGGGCGCCCAUUAAUACAAAAAGAUUUGGCGAAAAUUGAAGCAACAGUAAUAGAAAAGACUUUGUCACAUACAAAAACACACUUUAAGAAAAAAAGGCGAAAGCAGUACAUGAGGAUAAACUUUUAUAGAAUUCCACAAACCUUCUUGCUUAUUAAUUCGAUUAAAAUAACUGGAGAACUAAACAAUCCAGCAUCUGUGAGGGGUCUUGAUAAUCUAGUUUUUCAAUCCAUAUAAAUAAAAAGUGGUGUAUAGUUUA